AAUUUAUUUUACAAAAUGUGAGGAAGAUUGAUUGACGGAGAAAGGAUUAAAAGGGAGAAAUCCACAGUUUUUCUAGGGGUGACCUUGGAUUGUAAGCCAAAUAAUGCCAAUGCCAAAUGUUUCAAUAGUGUAUCAGUGGCUCGCCGUCGGAUAACCAUAAUGACGCAAUUGUGUUAGUAGAAUACAAAUACAAACGUUGAGCCCUCGCGCCGGAUUAAUAGGUUAUUAGUCUGUGGUGAAGUAUGAUUGCGAAUCUAGGAUGUUUCGUUGCGAGUUUGUCUUUGACUGGGACUUUCCGGUUUCUGCUAUCUUGAGGACAGUUAGGUAUUAUAUCUAUGAUAAUCCACGAUGAGCGGUCGUCCUGAUAGAGACAGAAACGGGAACGGGAAUGGUGGAAACAAUGGUGGCGGUUUGGGCUGGUGGCUGAAGGGGGCUGGCGCGGCAGCCGUUGUCGGAGGCCUGGGGUAUUGGCUGACAAGAAAUUCGGAGCCAGCGUCGUCGUCAGUCGCAACACCAAAUUCGUCGCAGCAAGUCGUCCGAGAGCGGAAAGGCUUCCUUAGCAGUUUAGCGGAUUCCCUGCAAGCGAUAACAGAAAACUCAACUACCACGGAGAGUGCGAUAUCCCGGUCUCAAGUCCCAGCGAGGCCGUCCAUAACCAACUUAAACUCCUUACUGGCGGACAUCUACGUGCGUUACAUCGCGUUGAAGAAGGAAGACUUCCAGCUUCACUACAAUGUGUUCACCGAGGUGUUUGGACGACUACACCGCUAUAUGAAGCAAGUCGACAAAUACUAUGAGAGAUACAGCAGCAACGUACAAUUCGCUGGCAGUCACUACGAUCGCCUCCGUAUACAGAAGCCGGAUGAGUUUGACAUGGAUAUCGUAAUCGACGUGCCGGUCAACAUGCACAGAGACCUUGCGAAUCCGGAGGAGAGCGAUAUCGUCAUCGAACCGAAGUACCCGGGAUUCGUACAGCUCCGCGCAGGGACACAGUACCAGAGAAUACUGAUCCGCGACGGCCACGACUGCCUGAUCAAUAGAACCGCUUACGAGUGGCUAGACGACAGGAACUACAUACUCCGUUCUAAAUUCACAGACUGGUUCAAAAGCGUAGCCAACAGAGGUCUGAAUCAAUUCCAAACAAAGAAUGGUCUACCGGUGUGCGUGGUGGAUGGCGUGCAAUAUACGAUCCGCACAUCUUCAGGUGGACCAGCUUGGACAAUAAUCAUUGAAGCAGGUUUAUUUAGGUUGGACGUGGAUCUCGUGCCGGCGCUCAAGUUCCCCGAGAACAGGUGGCUGGAGGGGAGAAGCUACCGCAGGAUUCCGAUGGAGUGUCGCAGAGAUUUCUGGAUGGUGGUGCCGAAGCCAAACAAGAGUGGUCAGAACACGUUCGACGAGCAGCGCUCGUGGCGUAUUGCUCUGCAAGACCAGGAGAAGCAACUCCUUAACAAUACCUACAGUUUACGACAGACUAUCCGUCUGAUGAAAAAACUUCGCGAUGCCCAAGGCAUGAACAAGAUAGCCAGUUAUUACAUAAAAACGCUUUUCUUCUGGGAAAUCGAGGAUAAGAAAACCACCGACCCCACUUUUUGGAAGCAAAACGACAUUGCAACUUUGUUCAAACAUAUGGUGAACAAGUUCUACAUAGCUAUGGAUAGGGGAAAUAUACCAUACUUCUGGAAUAAAAAUCACAAUAUGAUUGAAAAUUUGAACAGUAACAUAAAAAAUGAGUAUAAACGCAAAAUUAGUGCCUUGAUAGCAAUACUCGAGAACUCGUACAAUUAUAAAUUGGUCGCAAAAUAUCUUUUAACCCCUGAAGAAUACAAUACAUAUCAAUACUUCUUAUAAAAUGUUCAUAAGGAGGAGGCUUUCUCUAAUAUUUGUCAUCAAUGAACCUAAUUCGGAUAUAAUAUAUAUCCUUUGAAGAGAGGUGGAACUCUCGAUAAAUCUAUUUUGGUUAGUUUUUUAUUACAUUUUAUAUUUGACAAUAAAUUUAACUAAUAGACAUUGAAAUGUUUAGGAGUAUUUUGGAAUACUAAGAUUUAUAAAAAGUAUAGUGCUAUAGUUAUAUAAUGUUUACCUUUUGACAAUCACCUUAGUGGAUCUUCUAAGUAUACGUGACAUUGGCGAAGUACAACGUGCCGAUUUGGCACACCUAAAAGCCAAAGAAGCAAAGAAGAAGAAAUGUUUAGGAGAUUUAUUUAUAAUGGCUUAAAGGAAAUUAAUCUAUAACUAAGCAAAGUUGUUACAAAUUCUAUCCAUUAAUUUUGACCAUAAUAUUUAUCACUUCCAUAUUUAUUUUUGAUCUUGCUGUAAAGCCGUCUACUCACUCGCGCGCGAACCGCGCGCGAAGGCGCGAA